AGGAUUCGCGAAGGCGGCGGUGGGAGCGCCUGCUGCGCGCGGAGGCGUCGCGCGUGCACGGGGGUGCCGCCGCCGCGGCAGAGCCGCCCCCCGCCGUCGACCGCGGGAGCCCACGGUGGCUGGCGCCCCCUCGGAGCAGUCCUGGCUGGAGCCGCUGGAGCCGCAGGAGAGGGCUUCGUCGCCCUCGCCGAGCCCGGGACGUUCCUCGCGGAGGGCUCCGACGCCCGCGACGUGGGCGUCACCGGGGGCUCGGUCGGGGGCGCCUGCGUCCACUUCGGCACGAGGUGCCUGCGGGCUCGGGACACCCGGGUCUACGAGAACCUCAGGCACGCGGCCACGGCGGGCCGCAAGAGCUGGCUGGUGUACGGCAAGGACGGCCGGUACAUGAAGGUUGUCGAGAUCGGCGUGCUGUGCGUGGACGGAAGAUUGGGGCGGCGGAUAUGGUGGUGUUCGGCCUAUCCCGCCACCGUUCUCGGGCCGUUGACCAAAGUCCCAUCGGUGUCACAUGGAAGGUUUCUCGGUUGUCGAGGUCAGCUUGUUGCGACGACGCACAUGGCGAAUCACGUUGCCACGGGAUAUUUCUUCGGGAACAAGUGCUCUGGGGAGCCGUUCAAGCUCCCACAAGAACGACGAGGGCGCCAGCGAGGAUUUCGAGAGGGCCGCCGACAAGCGCGCAAUGCUCCCCGCGGCCUCAUACUACGCGCUGGGCCUGGGCGCCACAGAGGUACACUGGACCCUGCAGGAGGUGUGCGCAGGGUGCUCGGCGGCGCCGCGCCGUCGCCCACGCGCGUGCCGUUCCCGCCGGGGUGGCGCCAGGACUGCCGCCCGCGAGGUCGCCAGGGCGCAGGGCGAGGCGGGCAUCGCCCUGCGGGGCGGCGUCGGCACCCGCCCCGCCGGCCACGCCAGCACCGCGGC